AUGAUUUGAGACGACGCCGCCGUUUAUAGGGUCAUCGUGUGCCGUGAGCUCAUGCAGUUCACGCGGUGAUCUACUCCAUCCACAUCCUGCGCACAGCGAUCCUUCUUCUGUUUCCGUCUUUCUCUCCUUCAUCAUUAUCGAUAUAGAUGAUUAAACACCCACCUCUGUUUGUUUGCUAUUGUAAUAUCCUGCGCACGGCGUCAGAACUAGAUUUUUAGAUGGCGUUCAUGCAAUAAAGACCCUCUCGCGAACGGGAUUACGAGGACAUCGGAAGGACGUUUUUUAACGUAAUAUUCCAAAUCUUUUGAGUGGAUUUAGCGCUUCUGAGCCGCAUCAAAGGAGUUACGAUCUUUGAGACGCGAACAGACAAAGCUACAUUUCUGGGCAUGAUGUCCACAUGCCUCUGUGUCCUGGAGCGCAUCCUGUUGUGUUGAGGAUAGACAUCUGCAAUGAAGGAGUUAUCCAAACAAACAUGUGAACCAAACACUCGGAUCUUAUUCCAUGCCCAUUGGUUUCGGAUGUAAAUAUUAGCAUUUUUAAUGUAAUGCAAUUAAAUCAUUGAAGAUUUCAAUAAAACAUGGAGCUAAGAAAAUGGUUCCUUGAUUACAGUUCCACGCUUUUCUCUGACUGGGUUGUGUAAUGUUUUCUCCAUCAGAUCAGAGAUGUUUCUUCAAGACCCUGCUGUCUCGUUCGUUCCUUGAGGAUAUUUGAAUUACUGAUUCACGUGUGUUGCUUUAAAGCUUUAUUUUAUCGCUGGUGGGUAAAUGACAGGCAACAUGCAUCUUGGGGUAGAGGAGCCCAUCCGGGAGUGCCAGUACAAUCAGAUCUGUACACACAACUCCUCACCCAUGGACACCCCACACAGCAAGAAAAGGAAGAUCAAAAGGAAAUGGCAGGUUUUUCCAGGCCGAAAUAAGUUUUACUGCAACGGGCGGAUCAUGAUGGCAAAGCAGACCGGGGUCUUCUACCUUACCAUGGUUCUUAUUUUGGUGACCAGUGGCCUCUUCUUUGCCUUUGACUGCCCAUUCCUGGCAUCAAACCUGACUCCUGCCAUUCCAGCCAUCGGAGGAGUGCUGUUCGUCUUUGUGAUGGGAAUGCUCCUCCGGGCGAGCUUCAGCGACCCGGGCGUCCUGCCUAGGGCCACACCAGAGGAAGCAGCAGACAUCGAGAGGCAGAUAGAUGCAACCAAUGGCCCGAGCGGCCCAGGCUACAGACCACCACCCAGAACCAGAGAGGUGGUCAUUAACGGUCAAACAGUCAAGCUCAAAUACUGUUUUACCUGCAAGAUCUUCCGACCGCCGCGGGCCUCACACUGCAGCCUGUGUGACAACUGCGUGGAGAGAUUUGAUCAUCACUGCCCGUGGGUGGGCAACUGUGUGGGGAGGAGGAACUAUCGGUUCUUCUACCUGUUCAUCCUCUCACUCUCCUUCCUCACCAUCUUCAUCUUUGCCUUUGUCAUCACGCACGUAAUACUGAGAUCCAACAGGACUGGCUUUCUUAGUGCUCUCAAAGACAGCCCUGCUAGUGUUCUGGAAGUGGUGGUGUGCUUUUUCUCCGUCUGGUCCAUCGUGGGACUGUCAGGGUUCCAUACCUACCUGAUCAGCUCCAAUCAGACCACCAACGAAGAUAUCAAAGGUUCAUGGUCAUCCAAACGAGGCAAAGGCAACUACAACCCCUACAGCUACGGAAACUUUAUCACCAACUGCUGCGCUGCACUGUGUGGACCUCUACCGCCGAGUUUGAUUGACAGAAGAGGUUUUGUCCUACCAGACACCCCGCAGCCUGCGGCCCAGACAAACGGCACCGGCGCCUGCCCCUCCAAUCAAGUCCAGAGUCACAUGUGUGCUCAAGACCAGUGCAUUCAGAGCACCAAAUUCGUUUUGCAGGCUGCCACCAACCCGCUGCUCCAUAGUCAGCCCGUCAUUCUGGGUGGAGGCCCUGCCCUCCAGGCCAAGACCUCUCUGGGCGGCCCAUGCUCCACUCUGAGCCCCUCUCAGCCCUCGCUGCCCUCCUCUAUCCCCGGCCUCAGCUGUGGAGGAGAGCUGAUGGCCCUGCGAGACUCUGAGAUCCACUGUCACCAUCACCUACACCAUCAACAUUUCAUCAGUCCAGAGGAGACGCCCUCCCCACCUGCAGCUCUGCCCUGCGCCACCCAUCUGGGUCACCAUGUUCACCCGGCACAGCUCUUCGACCCGGUCAGCCAGGACUCGCUUCAUGAAGACUCAGUGCGGGGUUUGGUGAAGCUGAGUUCAGUGUGAGCUGUUUUAAUGCCGUCCCGCUGAACUGGACCACAAGCCAUACGGUACUUUAGACACAAACAACAGCUUCUCCUGGAUGUUUCUGAUACUUUAAUGGAGGCAGCCGCCCCGAACAAAUUCCUGAGUACCAAGUGAGGACCAAAGCUAGUCUUCCAGCUGUGUUUUUUUUUUUUUUUGUAUUCUUUUUUUAUGGAAGCUUAUUUCCACCACAGAAUAAAAAUAUAAAAAAGGUAAUUGCAACUUUCUCACACAAUUCUGAUUUUGAUUAAUCUUUUCUCACAAUUGCAAGUUUACAUCUCACAUUUCUGACUUUUUUUCUCAGAAUUCUGCAUGUGUAUGGUCUGGUCAGGUGUCAGAACUUUUGUGGGAAAAAAAGCUGAAUUGUGAGAUGUAAAAUAAGAAUUCUGGGGAAAAAAGGCUGAACUGCGAGAUGUAAACUCAGAAUUUCGAGAAAAAAAAGGCUAAAUUGUGAAAUGUAAACUCAAAAUUCCAAGAAAAAGGCUAGACUGCAAGAUGUAAACUUAGAAUUGCAAGAAAAAAGUCUGAAUUGCGAGAUGUAAACUCAGAAGUCCCAGGAAAAAAGGCUGAAUUGCGAGAUAAAAUGCGCAAUUCUGAGGGGAAAAAAAGUCAUAAGAAUGUCAUGAUUACCAUAUUUAUAUAUUUAUUCAGUGACAGAAAUUAGCUUCCAUGUUUUUUCUAUAGAGCGCAACAGUGACCGCACCGUUUUUUCGUUCAAGUAUUUUUCCCAUUCAUUUCUCUAUAAAGAUUUCAAAAAAGAAAUCAAAGCCUUAAACCAAACCAACCAGCUCGGAUAUGAAUAAUUACGAACUUAGAUUUGAAGAAAAAAUAUUAAAAAUGGAAAGGUACAAAAGGGCAUGAACUACUCCUCCCAUGAAGCAUUGUGAACGACAUAAAUAAGAAACUAUGGAAUAAUAUAAAACAACAGCUUUUAACUUCAUUACAAAAUAUUCUGACUGUUUUGUAAUUCACAAUGCUGCAUUGCAGUGACAGAUCAUUGCUGAGCCCUUUUGCAGUGAUUUACGUUUCCAUAGUAACAGUGACUCCUCUGGUUGGUUUCUUUCUAUUCAAGAUUACAGUGUAGGGGAAUUUGGCUAUUAAAAAAAUCGUUUAAAAAGAUGUUGAAAUCACAGACUUAUGGCUUCUCCAGCAGCAUAUACCAUAUCUUAACAUUUGAAAGGCUCUUAAAAGGUUUAUGUGCUAUAUUAGGGUUAGAAUUCAAUUCCUCUAUGGAGAAAAUAAAUGGGAGUUUUACUUCUGGAAGCUGACUGUUGUGCUCUUGAGUGGGCUUCGCCUUUUUUUUUGAGCUGUCAGACAGCCCAUAAGCGGGAUCAUUUCGUAUGGACAGUGUUCCUGUGUGAUCUGUUCAUUUGUGGUCCUCAAGUAUUCCCUGAGCUGGUGAGAUGACAGAGAAUCACUUCAGUGUUCGUCUGUUUGUACAGCCUGUGAUUCAGACUCUCACAAACUCAUCUGUCCCAAAGUCUGCCACGUUUGGUCAUACAGUGAUAGAGACAGACAACUUUAAUGCGACGUCACUGCCUUUAUCUCUCUCGGGGGUUCUGUCGACAAUAUUAGUGGUAUUAUCUAUGAUAAUUAUGCUUUGGUUAUAUAUUUGGUUAUAUAUUGCAUCAAAUUUAAACCAGGUGCCAACACAUUAUGGUCAUGUGAUUAUGUGCCAAAAUGCAGUUUACUGGUUUUCAGCUACAAAAGUGGAAUAUUGUGGAUGUUAAUAAAUUCACAACUUUUUAAAAAA